GCUAUGGCCCCUUGGAUGAUGUUCCGUAAAGAUCGUUGCAGUCUUUGCUCAUCAUAAAAGCUGAAUCCUGUGCCUUGGAAUCGCUGGAGAUUGGCGUUUGUUUGCUAGGCUUCAGGGAAUGUACAUGAGCUCAGAAUGACGACCGUAAUCAGGACUUUAAGGGCUUUGCAGUUAGAGGCCUUCUCCGGACUCCUUCUCAGGACUUCUGGCCUCCACACGUCUACAAGUGCAACUCCAGCUGGACAUCCAUCGCUUGCAUGGCCCGGCAGAAGUAGGCUCCUGCUCUAUCCAGCGCUGCUGGUCAGGCCUGACGGUUCUACAGUCUAUAUCCGUUACAAGGAGGCAAGGCAGAUCCUUUCUAUCAUCUACCAUAUACCUGUGGACAUCAACACCCUCCCUGACGCCGGAAGGAGAGCCCGCUUGAGGAAACGGGAUACCACCAAGCUUAAACCCAAAGAGGAGACACGUUUCGAAGACGAUUUUAACUUGGACGAUUACAGAAAGUUUUGGAAAAAGCAAUGAGAUGCGCCACCUGGGGUGGAAAAUCAUUCACAAUCAGAUACUUAAAUUUACAUUUU